UUUCUCUCCCAAAGAUGCAUUAUUUUAUUGAAACCUGAAUUAUACACAAGUAAACAACCUCCAGUUCUUCGCCAGAACAGAAGUGGACUGAAAGGUGAAGACCGAAGACCGUGCCGUUCGUCAAAUUUGUCCGAUUUCAAAACCCCAUGGGUGAAGGCUCAGAGCAAGGCAUGAAGAAACUGGAACCGAAAGCAAAAGCAGCAGAAGACGCCCAACAAACGAAUAAGGAUUCGCUGCUCAAAGACGAAGACGACUCCGAACAGAAGAAGAAAGACCACACACUUCCUGACGCAUCCCCAUCCUUCGCACAGCAGGCUCCUCAUCUUCGGAGCCGCAAAUCACCGUCCCCGCCUGACCAUUCUUCUACGGAAUCGCCGAUUUCCGAGGGUCACUGCUCCCCCUCUCCCACCCUCGACAAACGCUUCUCUUCUCCGCCGCAAAACUCGCCUCCCCGCUCCUCGCCGGAUUCAUCGAUCUCCUCUGAUCUCUGCUCCAUCACUGAUGGAGCCCCUCCGGUGGAAGAGCAUCGUUUCUCCCCGAAGCCACCGGAAAAGCCUGCAUCGCCGGUUGUGGUGGCUAAUCGGUUUCAGGUGGAGCCCAAGGUGGUUACCAAGGUAGAUCCGGGAGCCCAAGAAGGUGUCGUGGGCGUCAAUGAUGUUGAAGAAGGCACUGGUGCCGCCUUCGCGGGGAGCGAUAAUCGGCGAUUAAGGCCAGACGUAUACAGUUUAUUGAGGUCGAAGAAAGAGAGCAAGUUGAACAAAGCUUUGUUGGGGCUUAGGAUCAUUGCUUCUGUUCUCUGCUUGGCCUCUCUCUCGGUUUUGGCAGCUGAUAGGGAAAAGGGUUGGGCUCUGGACUCCUUCUACGUGUACAAGGAAUUCAGGUAUACUUUUUCAGUUAAUGUAAUAGCAUUUGUUUAUUCUGGGUUGCAAGUAAUUGGUCUAGUCAAGUACCUUAUCACCGGAAAAUACAUAUUGCAGCAUCGUCUAAGGGGUUUCUUCAAUUUUUCCAUGGAUCAGAUCUUGACUUAUCUUCUAAUGUCUGCAUCAUCAACGGCUGCUACAAGAGCUUAUGAAUGGGAAUCCAAUUGGGGUGAAGACGUGUUCCCAGAGAUGGCUAAUGCAUCUGUGGCUUUGUCCUUUGUUGCGUUCGUGGCUUUUGCCUCAAUCUCUGUUGUCUCUGGUUACAUCCUUUGCAAGUUCAGGUAGUUUAUAUUUUUAAAUGACUGCCCUUUGCACACUCUUCUGUCUGUUGAUGGAUGGAAUUAUUCAUCUUGCCCGAUAGUUGAAUGCCUUCAAAUUUCAGAAAGAAAAUUCGUUUCUGAAGAGAUGUAUUACUUUUUCAACCUCUGUACAGAAAUAGAAAAAGAUACUGAAUGUUUAUAUCUAGAUUUGUAUAAUAGAUUGUUUACAACC